AGAAGGUUCUAGUGGCCCCAAGAGGGCAACAAAAGAUUUCUUUCUUUUCUAAGAAGGUUUGUACACAUCAUUCUCACAGUUGUAAAAUGGUGUGUUACAUUAACAAGGAAAAUAAUUGAAAUAAAUUAUGUCCGAAAAUAGUGGAUUAAGUGCUUGAAAGGGGACUUUUAUUAAUCCAUUACAUUACAUUGCAUUUAGCUGACACUUUUAUCCAAAGCGAUUUACAAUCCCUGUGGGGAAAUUCAGUAGGCAACAGGGUAAGGGUGAAAAACAGGACAGCACAGAUUCACACAGGUUCAUCAAAUCAAAAAUAAAAUCGAAGAUAAAAAUAAAAAUAAUGAAAAACUAUUAAAUAAGAAAUUAAUAAAAAUAAUAAUAAAAAAGGGGUAGACCUAUGUAAAAUACUUUUUUCUUUUAAAAGGGGGGGAUUGAAAGGGGCUCUUUAUGUACCAAGGGGCUUGAAAGGGGCAUAUCAAAUUAUUUCAGAAAAAAACCCCAAAAAAUGCAGAAAGGUUUGUGGGGAGUCUACGAGUACCUAACAUUCAUGUUGACAAAAAUCUAUAAUUUGUCUGCAAGAACAGGAGUCUGAACAACAGCCUGAACAUGCUGAAACGAGCCCUCAGAAAGUCCCAGAGUGUGAGCAGAACGAUGGCCCCCCCAGUCACGAGAAAGUCUCUGCUAAAAGGCCAUGUUCCGUUAUCUCACCAAUGGCUGGUCCAUCUAAAAAGGCCAAGAGUGACAUCGCCCUGACACCCAAGAGGAAAAGAACAUUCAUUGAGACUUGGAAAACCCAGUUUCCAUGGGUAAGAUGUGUGGACGACAUCAUGUUCUGUGAGGUCUGCAGAGAAUAUCCAUCCAUUGCUGACCACAGCAGUAAACUGUACGAGGGUGUCACAGGGUCAAAACGCAUUGAGACACUUCAGUCACACGAAUCCAGCAAAUAUCACCUUCUCUGCAUUCAAAGGAAAGAGGUCACAGAGAAAGGCACAGGGCCAAUGUUUGUGGCUCUCAAGAAGCAGGCAGAAAAUAUGGACGACCAACUGAAACCCAUGUUCAACACUGCGUUUUAUGUCGCCAAACAAAAGUUGCCUUUCCGUUCAUUUGAGGGCCUCAUCGAACUUCAAGAGAAGAAUGGCAUUAAAAUGCCUACACAGUACCGGAACGAUAAGGGGUGCAAGGCAUUUGUGCAGGCCAUUGCAGAAGUCGAGAAGGACAGAGUUUCUGAAGACCUCAAGGCUUCAAGAUUCUUCGCUCUGAUGGGAGAUGGAUCCACGGAUAUAUCUGUGACAGAACAGGAGAAUGUAUAUGUUAGGUAUGUCAAAGAUGGACUUCCAGCGACAGAGUUCAUUGACAUCAUGGCUGUAAAGUCAGCUGAUGCUAAUGGUGUUCUGGCAGCUCUCCUCGAGGCACUACAUCAUGUCGACCUAACAGAUGGAGACAUAAAGAAGAAAAUAAUAGGCUGCACAUUUGAUGGUGCCAGCGUUAACCAAGGUGCCAAGGGAGGAGUUAUUGUGAAGUUGCGGGAAUUGUUGGGGCAUGUGCUCAUUUCGAUUUGGUGUGCUCCACAUAAGCUGGAGCUGUCGCUCCUAGAUGCCACCAAAGCCACUGACUUCAUUGACAUCGUAGAGAAAGGAGUGGACCCCAUCUACAGAUUCUACUAUGGAUCUGGUAAACGUAGGAGGGAGGUGAACGCCAUAUCAGCCGUUAUAGACGAGGAUCCUGUCUAUUUCUCAGCACCCUGUGGCACUAGGUGGAUGGCGUCAAGACUCCGGGCAUACAAGGCUGUAAUAAAAAAUUACAACUCCGUCAUCCUACACAUGGAAGAGGCUUCAAACAGAAAAACAGACGAAGGAGCUAAGUGUGUGGGGUACUUGAAGGUACUGAAGUCUGCAAAGUUUGUUGAUGGGCUCCACUUUAUGGUAGAUGUCUUGGAAGUGUUGGCCAACGUGAGUCUGGCAUUCCAGAGUAAUGAUCUGUUCAUUUAUGAUGUUGAUGUAAAGUUGUGUGAGGCCAGGAUCAAGUUGGAAGGCCUUAAGCAUAAUAGAGGUGAUGUCUACACUGCCUACAUGGCAACCUGCAAGGAUGGCAAGUUUGACAGUAAGAGCAAUGGACACAUCACUUCACUGAAAGGAACAGGUAUUCCAGAAACAGUGAAGAAUUCCUUCUUGGAGAAUUGUGUGAAGUUCCUAGAGAAGAGAUUUUCCUUCCUGAAGGAUACCCCUUUCAGUGAUUUCCAUGUUCUUGACCCCAGGAACGUCCCAAGAUCAGACGCACAACUAGCUACAUAUGGUGAUGUUCAGGUUAUGAACAUGGUGACCCACUUCGAGUCCGUUCUCAGUGAGGAGGAGGUAACCAACAUCCCUAGACAGUGGCCAGCUCUCAAGGCCAGACUGAAGUACAGGCAGAGGCAGCCCGCCAAGGAGGUCAUAAGUGACCUUCUCACUGAGAACCACCCAGAUGUGAAGGACGUCCUGGUUCUGGUGUACAUGAUGGUCACCCUUUCUCCCUCCUCUGCUGCCGUGGAGCGUGGAUUUUCCCUCAUGAACCUCAUAAAAACAUCCAGAAAAUCCCAGAUGACCAAUGAAACUCUGGGGUCACUCAUGAGGGUCAGCCACAUCACCACCACAGUGGCAGAGUUUGACCCAGAGCCAGCCAUCCAGAAAUGGAAAACAUCUGCUAAGACCAAGAGGUAUGUCAAAGCUGCCCCAAAGCCUGCUGCAGUGAACAGCAACUUACCUGUGCCUGUUGCCCCAUAGCUCGGUGUGAGGAGAACCACUGGAGUGCUGCCCCACAGUUCGGGAGACAGCUGCAGUGAACAACCACCCUGAGCCUGAAGCCAUACCUUUCUGCUAGCAUGUCUACUAGUCCCACAGAGGAGAAAACAUUAUAUUGUUAGUACUUAGUUGUUUUAUCUUAUUAUUUUAUAUCUGUCAUUCAUUUGAUGUGCCUUGAUGGUAGAAGUUCAGAAACCAGACACUGUGAACAAUAUGAACAAAUAAACAAUAAAAUGUUUCCUACAGUAACCUAGAUUCUUGUGUGCUUUAUGUUGAUAUGUAAUCAUAUUUAAAAUAGGUGCAGCAAUGCAUGCACAAAGUAUAGAUAUGGACAAGUGAAAAAUGUAUUCGGACAAGCACAUUUCCAAACUCACU